AUUCUACUAUUACUUUGAACGAUGGAAACAAAAUUCCAAGGAUAGGACUAGGUGUUUUUAAGGCACCAAGUGGUAAAACCACACAGCAAGCAAUUUUAUGGGCUUUAGAGGCAGGAUAUAGGCAUGUCGACACUGCAUCUACUUAUGGUAACGAAAUGGAUGUUGGAAUUGCUAUCGCAAAUAGUGGAAUCCCUCGUGAAGAAAUUUUUGUAACAACAAAAAUUUGGAAUACUGGAUUCGAAGACUAUCUUCAUACAUAUCAUUAUCGAGAUACUCUUACUAAAAAACGUAGACGUAGCCAUACUUUUAAGAUCCCUCCAAAAACAAGCACCGCUGCUCACACUAGCAUUAUGGGGUGCUUAUUUAAUCAGGGCUAUGAAUCGACUCUUAAAGCCGCAGAAACAUCAUUGGAAAAGCUUCAGACUGGGUAUAUUGAUCUGCUAAUUUUACAUUCUCCUUUGCCCGGUCCUGAAAAACGAGCAGAAAGUUAUAAAGCUCUACAAGAAUUGGUUAAACGAGGAUUAGUAAAAAGUAUUGGAGUUUCAAAUUAUGGAGUAAAACAUUUAAAAGAAUUAUUAGAUAGUAAUCCAGAGAUUAAACCUACGUUAAACCAGGUUGAGAUUCAUCCAUGGUUAGCUCGAAGUGACAUUGUAUCCUUUUGCAAUGAACACAAUAUUGUCGUUGAAGCUUAUUCACCACUUACCAGAGGACAAAAACUCAAUGAUCCCACUCUUGUUCGUAUCGCUAAAGAAUACGGGAAAACGCCAGCACAAAUUUUGAUUCGAUGGGGUCUUCAACAUAAUUAUGUGACAUUACCAAAAAGUGUCAGUAAGGAACGUAUCAUUGAGAAUGCAAAUGUUUUCGACUUUAAAAUCAAACAAGAUGAUAUGGAAACCCUCGAUAGUCUGGAUGAAUACCUUGUUGUUGCCUGGGACCCUACUAUAGCUGAUUGA